AAAUAUCCCCUGUCAUUACCAGAUGCUUUAACAAAAGAAACAUUAAAUUGGUAAUCCAAUGAAAUUGAACAAUCAUUAUAAGCAAAUGGUUAGAGUCGAGUGUGUUCGCGAAUAACCUGCUGUGUAAGAGUUCAUUGUUCCGAAACAAUCGUCGUUGCUCCGUUGCCAACUUGCAGUCAAACUACCGGUCGCACUUCACAUGCAUCGUGCUAUCUCCGACGUUGUUUAGACAAAGUUUUGGAAAGCUUGAAGAAGUAACCCAGGUUUAUAAAAUGGAAGAGGAAAGCUAUGGAGCUUGCAACAAAGACAAAGAGUCCAACCAAGGACAUCUUGUCAACGUGGACAUGUUUUUAGAGCACAUUGGUGAAUUUGGGAAGAUGCAAAUUAUCUUACAGAUUAUGUUUUGCAUCAUGAUGCUGCCUGCAACUUAUCAAACGCUGUUACUAACCUUCGCAGCAAAUAACCCGGAUUGGAAGUGCACAGGUCUUUCUGCAGAAUGCAACAACACGAACACGAUUUUCCACAGCAGCCAUGAUUUCUACGAACAAAGAUGCAAGUUUAAAAAUCGUAGUUCUUGGGAGUUCGUUCAACCGAAAAAGUUCUCUAUUGUUACCGAGUGGGAUUUGAUUUGCGAGAAGAACUCACUAUCAUACCUGGCAAAUUCAGCCCUAUUUCUUGGAUGGGCCGUCGGGGCCCUGGUGCUUAGUGCCAUCGCCGACAGGUUUGGUCGAAAGUCCGUCCUAUUUCCAUCUCUUGGCACUGUUAUACUUUGUGGAUUCAUCAGCGCUUUCGUUCAUAAUUUCUGGCUGUUUUUCGUGUUGAGGCUAAUCACCGGAUUUGCCCAAGGUGGUGUUGGCCUAUCCAUCUAUGUAUUGGCAACAGAGCUUGUUGGUCCUAACUUCAGGGCUUUGUCUGGGACAAUAGUUUGGUUUGCGUUCACAGCAGCGUUGUGCCUGAUCGGAUUAAAAGCUUACUUGGUACCUGACUGGAGAAUGUUGGAGAUCAUCGUGUCAGCUCCUUAUGCAUUUGUCAUAGUAUUUUGGAAAUGCGUUCCAGAAUCCGUCAGGUGGUUGAGAGUAAAUGACAAGGUUGACGAAGCAGAAGUUAUUUUGAGAAAAGUUGCUAAGACUAAUGGCAAGAUCCAACCGACCGUGAAACUUUCCACUGCGGAGAAGGACACUGCGCAUGGCACCUACGCUGAUUUAUUUCGACCGGCGUCAACAUGUAGAGACACACUGGUUCAGUCAUUCGCUUGGUUCGUGAAUGGCAUGGUCUACUAUGGUGUUUCCCUGGCAUCUGAUAAUUUAGGUGGCGAUAUGUACAGGGACUUCGUUUUAACCAGUCUGGUCGAACUUCCGGCAAAUAUCUUGGUUAUUUAUCUGGGUAACAAAAUUGGCAGAAAACCAACCACGAUAUGGUCUAUGUUUAUCGGAGCAUUGUCAUGUGGUGCAGUUGCCUUCAUACCAAACAUAGCAAGCAAUUCAGCUUACAUGGGGCUGCGUAUUACACUCGGCAUGCUGGGAAAAUUGUGCAUCACCGUAUCAUUCAAUGAGUUGUAUGUCUGGUCUGUGGAGCUGAACCCAACUAUUGUCAGAUCUCAAGGCAUGGGCCUACUUCAGGUCAUCAGCAGAAUCGGCGCAGCUACUGCGCCAUGGGUUGCGCAGUGGCUGAGGCUCUACGGGGAUUACCUACCGUUUCUUUUAAUGGGUGGUUUGACAAUGGUUGCGACAUUUCUGUGCUUCACCUUGAAAGAAACCAAAGGAAAAGAGACUGCUGAAGUUUUCACAAGAAAGUCAAAACCAGCAAUAGAAGAGGUAACCAUGGUGAAGAUGGAUCAUUCUAGGGUUGAACCAAAUGUUGAGGUCAUGGCUAUUAGACGUGAAGAUGAAAUUGUUUUGUCUAACAAAGAUGUCACAGAACCUAUAAUGGGAUGAUACAUGUAUACAAGACAGAUUAAAAACAGUUUAUAGCUACGCAUUAAGUGGCUGCUUCAUUUUUUUAACUAGUUGGGUAUCAUUGGCAUCAACUGUAUAGGUAACAUCAACGCCUUAUGCCAAAAGAAAAUAAAAUGAGAGAUGGCAAAAAUUGACCAUGUUUAAUAUGCAGGUUGGGAUCGAGACUAUAAAAUGCAAACGAAGCAACGUUUGUCUUGACAAACCUCGAAGAGAAACCAAACUCUUUCUGCAUACUUAAAGGAGCUGGGUCACGUAAACUUAAACAAACAUUAUGUGCGGGAUGCGCUGCGAUUUUCUGUCCCACCAAAUCUCAUAGGGUAUUCGCCCCAUUCACAAGCAUCAGCACAACAGCAUUGUCCCGCAGCCUUACACGUGACCUAAUCCCUUCUCCGAAAGUCUUUGUCUAGGAAUAUUUCAUACUUUCAUAAGUGGUAGACAAAUGAGCUGAAAAAAAGGAAUGACUUCGAACCUCGUUUCUUGUUGCAUCAAAUUUCUUAAAAGUUUGGGUUUUCAACGUCUUCUCCUACCAUACAGGACCACUGCUAGAAUUUGUUUCUCCAGUUUUUUUAUUGCAAUCAGUUAUGAAUCUUCCUCUCUGCCAAAUGCAGAGUCAUUUCAUCCAUUCAGAUCUGAUUGCUUUUCAUAUACUGUAGAAAUUUUUUUUAUCCUAAGCUCACAUAGGUGAAUCCCACAGCUGUUUUCAUUCACUAGAAUAUUAAUGGGACUUUUUACUCGUUUUUAUCAAGUAAAUCUUUUAAUUCACGGAUUUAGAUCAAAUGAAAUAUUUAAAUAACCCAAAUCCUUUGAGCGCAAAAUUAAUGUUGAUUUAAAGUUUUCAUGUUUUCUUCAGAAGAUGGUUCACCCUGUGUGAUAAAGGGAUCUGACUAAAGCCUUUGGAUUAUCGUAAAUACUUAUGUAGAUAAUUCAUCACGUUUGCAGAGACAGGAAAAGAGGAAACAGUCCUCCCAGAUCCCAUUUGCUAAAAAAGUGGGUGAGCCAUCCUUUUUUGCCAACAUAUUUGAAGAUUCGCAGAUUAAGCAUUUCCUAUAUGGCAAUAAACUCCACGUUUUACAAUUGUUUUCCAAGGUUGGUGUCACACUUGCCCCAGCGUAGCGAAGGGUCUGGCUUGCACAGGGCAGUCUAGAGUUUUUUGAUAGGCCUGGCCAAUUAAAAUGAAUAAACUACGUUGUAUUUUUAACUUAAAACAUUCCAUGGAGCUGCAUAAACAGACUUCAAUAUCUUGCCAGCGCCGAUAUUCUUUAUUUUAAUCUUAGUGGUGUCGUAAUUGUUCCUAGAGUCACAGUUAUAAUUGACCAUCCUCAAGGUCAUCCUCAAGUCUCACGUUGAUCAUUUUGCUUUAAGAUGUCACCCUUUUAGAAUGUAAUCUAAUAAUGGUACCAAAACUCCAGUUUGUGUAGGAUUAUUUUUACGGGACAUUUCAAAGUGCUCAGAUCUUAUUACACCAUAAAUGCACUGACCUUUAUUUCUCCAGGUUUUCUUUUCAAGUCAGUGGCGUAGCUUGACCUUCCAGACUAGGGAGUGGAGGGUGAUGUGAAGUAAAAUUUUUCGACGAAGACAUAUAGAUGAAGAUAAAUUUAGGUGCCCUUUCACCUACCGUUAGACGACUACACCGACAAACCAGGGAAUUUUUGCACCAACUAAACAUUUACCGACAAACUCAUGGAAAAUGGGGGGGGCGGUGUCACAACCCCUACACUUCCGCUAGCUACGCCCCUGAUUCUGGUCUAAAAAUUUAACAUAACGUCUGGGAUUUUUAUGAACUCAACACACGAAGAACAUUUUUGUAGCAUAAUGCGAUUUAAUUUACAAAAAGUCCAAUUAUUCGGGAUAAGGAGUUUUUCCAAUUCUGUGUAAAACGGGGAUGUAUCCAAUUCUAUAAAAAAGUAUAUUCGAUUCUGUUGCAAAUCACCAUUGUAGCAGAGAAAUAAGUAUUUUAUUCUUGGAAUUAUUCAGAAAGAAGUAGGUGGUGCACUAACCUUGAUUAAGCCACGUUUAAGUUUUCGAAUUCGAUUUAAGUUUGAAAUUUUCUUGAUUUUGUAAAAAACGUUCUUAUAUAGAAGUUGCUUUGGGGUAUAAUAUGGUAGUUAUCAUAGAAAAAAUACAACUUUGUUUAUGUCAAAAUAUUUUCUGACUGGGUUAGAGAUCAUUUAUGAUUCAAUUUUGUAAAACUUUCGAUAAAGAUUGUAAGAUUUGAUGAAUUUUACUGCUUGUUGUAUUUUUAAAUUUUAUUGACUCAGAUUUCACACUGGGUUUGUAGCAAAUCGCUGUAUUUAUAACGCUUAGCUUUUGAUUCAUUUGUUCCAAGUAAUGCCCUGGUGCAGGGGCCCAAUGGAAGUUGCUGAAAAAUUUGGCUUUUUAAGGCUAGCUAUAGCCCCCUUUGCCCCAAAGCCAACGCCCCCUUGACCUGGUAUAGUCGAUACGUUGAUAAUUAGUGUUCUUGUCAAAAACUGGGGAGAAACCUGUUAUACGGUUCUGUCUAUUAUACGUUAAAAUAUCUCUAGAUUUGAAGUUAAGAACGAGAGGAAAUUGUAUUCUGGUUUGUAUUUAAGAUGUUAGCUACAUUAUCCUAGUUUUAUCAUGUAUAGUAGUAUUUGCAACUUUACCUUUUUCAAGGAAAGCCUAUUGCAACGACA